AUGGGCAGUAUAAGUGGAGAAGAUUUAUAUGAUUGGGGGAAAAGAAUGGGAGUUGAUAUAGCAUGUAGUGUGGGUAUUGGAGGAAAUUUUGAAGGUAUUUCAGAUGAAGAGAUAAUGGGAGAUAUGGAUAAAUUAUAUGGGAUGAGCAAACCUAAAUUAAUUGAUAAAUGGAAAAAUAAAAUGGGAGAAGUUAAUGCAGUAUUGAUAACCAACAUAAAUAAAUUAGACUCCUCAUUAAUUCCGGCCAAUAUUAUGAUAAUUAGUAUUCCAGACAGAAGGUGGAGAAUUAUAUGGCCUAUACCAUGUCAAGAGGACAUUAGUGAAACAGUGGUAGAAAGUACUAGUAAAAUAAAUAGAGAAGGAGAUGUAGGAAGCAGUUAUCCAAUAGGGGGAGAAAGUUCUACUCAUAAUCCGGAUGUAGCUGAAGGAAAAGAUCCACAGGUGGAUGCAGUUAUGGACAAGGUAGUGAGUCACUUCGAGAGGUGGCACUAUGAAGGUGGAUACCGGAGAUUACGGAUAUUUUCAGGGAUAAUUCCAGUGCCAACAGGAGAAGAGAACUACGAAACCUGGAGGGAGGCUGAAAUUCAGCACUCUGAGGAAUGGAGGUGUCCUGAACACAUUAAGAAGCAACGUAUUGUGGAAAGUCUUCGAGGGCCAGCGAUGGGCAUUAUACAUGCAACCAGACGUAGUAACAGUAAGGCCACUUUAAGGGAUUAUUUGGAUGCUCUUGACUAUUCCUUUGGAACUAUAGAAGAUGUAGGAGAUAUACUUUCUCGAUUAAAUCAAACCUAUCAAGAGCCAAAUGAGACUUUGACUAAUUAUAUCUACCGUCUGGAUAAGAUAUUAUACAAACUAUUGGAUAAAGGAGGGAUGGAGGCGCAUGAGAUUGACGACAAACGAGUGAAACAUUUACUUAGAGGAGCAUUGACUUCUAACCCUGUGGCUCAGAGAUUGAGAUGUAGCAUGAUCAAAGAACCUGCUCCUACUUUAACUCAAUUAAUAAAAGAGGUGAAACUAGACGAAGUACAAAUAGAAAAUAGAGAGAAGAGUCUGAAACGAGUAAAAGUAGUACUGCCCACUCCUGAGGUACCUGCGGUAUCUGAAAGGUUAUACUCUUUAAUGGAAGAGCAAAACAAAAAACUGGAUCAACUAAUAUCGUUACAUAGUCCAGUAAUUAGCAGUCGUCCAAGGGAGCAAAUGAACAGAGGAAGAGGAUUUAAUAGGAGACCGGGCAAUAGAAGUAAUUUUACUUGUUACCAAUGUGGACAGUUAGGACACCGUUCAUUUGAAUGUCCUCAGAAUGACAACUCUAGAAUGAUAGUGAACAAUACCGAAUCUGUAACAACAUCUCGGAUGGAAAACGUGCAAGGGAUGCCGAUGAACCCCGCAUCGACUCCCAGGUUAUAA